UUUUUCAGUAUUUAAAUUGCCCACAUGGGGGUCAGCCAAAGCCAAAGCCGAAGCCAAAGCCAAAGCCGAAGCCGAAGCCGUCUAGUUAGACAAAACCAAUUCAAUUUUCCUAAUCCUGUUCAGCUUUUUGGCCAGAACAUUGAAUUGUUUGCCGGGAUAUUGGGUUUGUGGGAUAGCCAGCUGAAAUGGUUUGCUAGUUAGUUUAGCAGCUCUAGGGGUUUAGAAUUUGAUUUACAAUUAUCACUUAUAGAUUAGAGUUGGUAAAUUUGUAGGUAUUAAGCUGAUAACCCAUCUAAAUGCUUCCAAGAAAUGCUUGAUUUUGUAAAAGAAAGCUUAAACUAAAAACCGAAUUUAAAGAGGUUAAAUUAGUUAUUUCUGCAGUCUUUUUUUCAGCAGCUUGUAAGCUAAAAUCCUUUAAAAACUUAGCUUAUAAUGCGUAAAAACUUACUACCCAAUCUAGUGGGCUGUGAAACGAAACGUCACUUUUGAUUUUCCAAUGUCCCCAGCCCAGGCCUGGCUCAGACUCAUUUACUUCGAAACAGUCGUCCGGUGAACAUCUAAAACAAAAUAGCUUAGGGUCUUUUUACCGGGUUUUGCAACUUGGGUUUUCAUCAAUUUAAAACUGAACAAUCCAAAAGAAAAUUAAUAAAAAAAAAAAAAGAAAUUUAACAGUUACGCGUGAGUUUGAGUUCAACGAAAUAUAAAUCAAAAUUUCGUGAUUAUUUUCAAAUCAAGUUGUGGGGGGAAUUUUAUGUCAUUCCUUCGGUUAUUUGAGCCAUCUCGGCUAGCCUUAACAGCUACCACAGUUUUCAAAUUUAUAGUUUUUCUACAUUAAUAAAUUAUAUAACAACAACACCGAUCGGAAGCUUGAGAAUCAAAUUUGUUAAGCAGCAGUUAGUUAGUUUCAAGAUUUUAGUUUUUAGUUUACGCGAUUCUUAUAGCAGACCUCCUGAUCUGACCAGCCUAUCCCCCGAGUUAACCAGAACAUGGUGAACAAGGCCAUCAACGUGUGCGACUCGCACAAGCUGAAGCGAUGGUCCCGUUUAGAGCUCUUGGAUUGGUACAACGAGAUGCUGCAAUGCCGUCUGGUGAAGAUCGAGCACCUGUGCACCGGAGCAGCCUAUUGCAAUCUGAUGCAUAUGGCAUUCCCCAAGGUGAUGAACCUGGCCAAGGUGAAAUUCGUAUCGAAUCAGCAAUAUGAGUAUAUAAACAACUUCAAGGAGCUGCAGAAGUGCUUUAAUAAGAUGAAGGUUAGUAAACCGAUACCGAUCGGUAAUCUGAUCAAGGCUCACUUUAAUGAUAAUUUCGAGUUUGCCACUUGGUUCCGUUACUUCUUGGAGGCCAAUGUGACAAAGCAUCAGCUCGAAACAUAUGAUCCUGUGGCAGCCCGUGGCCAACAGGAGUUGGCCAUCGGCAAUUCUCGAAUAAACCCUCCGUUCUACUGUCAGGCCAACAAAAAAUCUCGACGAUGUACAGCUGAUGAUCAAGAAUCACCUCGACUGACUGGCAAAACCUGGCCUCGCCUCCAUGAGGAUCGAAAUUCUCUUUUUUUCGAUCCCAUCCAUAAGAUCAUACCCCCCUUUGAUUUAGGGAGAGAUUUAGAUGCAGUUGCUAAUGAUUCCAGUUGGAUUACGUCACCGAGAGAGGAAGAACCGAAGCCAGUUCCUAGCUAUGCGAAUGGCUUAUGCGGCAGCCUAAAGGAUCGAGUGAAGUGCUUGGAAGAGGGAACAUUAAAAUUGAGAGUGGCAAGGGAAAAGACUUGCCCGGAAUUUGCCAAUAAGAAAUGGUCUGUUAAGGACAUGAUCAAGGAAAGAGAACAGCUAUCAAGUAGGUCUACCAAGAGCCUGGGAGCCAAGGCUAACAAGAGUGGCAAGAGUCUGGGCAAUGCUAAAGAUUACGAGAAGAUACCCACAUUGCUGGAUGAGAUCAAGAUGGCUAUCCAGGCGAAGAGAGAAAAGAGCAGUGCUGAUGAUAUCGACCCUUCGGAGACAGAAUGGAGCGACAAGGACGUCGUUUUUGUUUACAAGUCGAAGUCUAAAGAAGCUUCUUCGAUGGAGAAAGUCAAGGAUGCGAAUGCUGACAAAAUGCCACUAACGGCUAUAUCUGGCUAUCAGGAUGAUAACGAUAACGAUAACGAUAACGUUGAUAACGAAGAUAACCAUAACGAUAACGAUGAUAACGUUGAUAACGAAGAUAACGAUAACGAUGAUAACGAAGAUAACGAUAACGAUAACGAUGAUAACGUUGAUAACGAAGAUAACGAUAACGAUAACGAUGAUAACGUUGAUAACGAAGAUAACGAUAACGAUAACGAUGAUAACGUUGAUAACGAAGAUAACGAUAACGAUAACGAUGAUAACGUUGAUAACGAAGAUAACGAUAAUAUCGAUAAUCGGAAGAAAGACAGCAAAAUUAAAAAAAUUAUCAAUGGAAUCGUAGAUCUGUUGGCCGUUGCCGGAGUCGACCGUGAUACCUCCUCGGCCGAAUUGGCAAUGCGUAAUAGCGUCCGUUUGCUGAUCGAAAGUCCGAACAAUGAAACUGUCAACGUCGCUGUUGGUACCGAUUAG